AUGGUGCCCCUGCUGCUGCUGCCCCUGCUGUGGGGGGGGUCCCCGCAGGAGGAUCCAGGGUUCGAGCUCCGAGUGCAGGAAUCGGUGACGGUGCAGGAGGGUCUGUGUGUCCACGUGCCCUGCUCCUUCUCCUACCCCUGGAGCUCGUGGUCUUCCCCUGAGGAGCUCUACAUAUACUGGUUCCGGGAAGGGGAGACCUAUUAUCCUGUGGCUACAAAUGACCAAACGAAAACGGUGAAGAUGGGGACCCAGGGCCGAUUCUACCUCGUCGGGAACCCCUCGGACAAGAACUGCUCCCUGAGAAUCAGAGAAGCCAGGAAGAGGGACGAGGGAGUCUACAAUUUCCGAGUGAAGACAGACUACGUGACAUACAGUUACAGAGCUAAGAAGCUGACCGUGAAGGUGGCAGCCCUGACACAGAAACCCGACAUCCACUUUCCGGAGCCCCUGAAGUCUGGCUAUCCCACAAACCUGACCUGCAGUAUGCUGGGAUCCUGCGAAGAGGGAAGACCUCUCACCUUCUCCUGGGUGGGGCGUGCUCUUGACUCGCUGGACCCCCAGACCCUCCGCUCCUCAGUGCUGACCCUCACCCCGAGGCUGCAGGACCAUGGCAGCAACCUCACCUGUCAGGUGCACCUGCCAGGAGGUCAGGACACCGUGGAAAGAACCAUCAGGCUCAAUGUCUCCUACGCUCCACAGUUGAUGACCACCCGCAUUUUGCAGGGAAACUACACAGUCCUGAAGACGCUGAGCAACCACACGUCGCUGCCUGUCUUGGAGGGCCAGUUCCUGCGCCUGGUCUGCAUCGCUGAGAGCAACCCCCCCGCCAUGCUGAGCUGGUCCCGGGAGGGAAAAGCCCUGAGCUCCUCCCAGCCCUCAGCACCUGGGGUCCUGGAGCUGCCCCAUGUAGGGGUUGAGGAUGAAGGGGAGUUCACCUGCCAGGCUCAGCACCCGCUGGGCUCCCAGCACGUUUCCUUCAGCCUCUCUGUGCAGAGAACCCCCUCUUCCUGCAACUGUGUGACUGAGAAACAGGAGGGCUCCUGGCCGCUGGUCAUCACCCUGAUCAGAGGGGCCCUCAUGGGGGUUGGCUUCCUCCUCACCUAUGGCCUCACCUGGAUCUACUACACCAGGUGA